AUGGAGAAAGAAGCCACAUACAUUUGUGAUAGGUGCAAAGAAAGUGCAGAUGCCAGUGAAAAUAAAUCAAAAAAUUAUCGCUGGCUUGUUUCAAUAAAAUCCUUAUUCCAGUGUGCUAAAUGUUCGCAGUUUUUUAAUAUAGGAUUCAGAGUUACAGAUAAGAUGCCAUUGAUUGAUGCAUCCAAAAAUUCAGAGCUAGAAUUAGUUGCCAGGCAGACAGAAAUGGUGAAUGCUGAUGAAGGUUCCAGAACUGAAUACAUAAUCCAAGAAAGAAAACCAGUCGAAUCAACGGAAAAAACCCACAAAUGCCAUGUUUGCCUUCGAAUCAUCAAAACCAGCACAGGUCUUCGAAGCCAUAAGAAUAUACACGAUAAGAAGGAUCCUUUUAGAUGCGAGGUGUGUCAUGUGCAAUUUCUAUGUAAAGAAAAUUACAGCGAUCUUUUAAACAGACAUUCCAACGAAAGACGUUAUAAAUGCAGUUUUUGUACCAGGGCCUUUAAAUUUAGACAGUCUCUACAGGCCCACAUGAACAUACAUAAUGACAAGAAUCCUUUCAGGUGUGAAUUGUGCAACAAGAGUUGUACAAGUAAACAAGAUCUUGAAAGACACAUGACCUGUCAUUCGAAUGAAAGACAUUACAAGUGCUCUGUAUGUCCUUCGAUGUUUAAAACUAAAAAUAACCUUACUACGCAUAUGAACGUACAUAAAGAUCAGAAUCCUUUCAGGUGUGAAUUGUGCAACAAGAGUUUUGCUUCUAAACACUCACUUGAAUGUCACAUGACCAGUCAUUCGAAUGAAAGACGUUACAAGUGUGGACAAUGUUCUUCGAAGUUUAAAAUUAAAGCUAGUCUUAUUAAGCAUAAGUACGUACAUAAAAAGCAGAAUCCUUACCGGUGUAAUGAGUGUAAUAAGAACUGCAGUUCUAGUGCCAGUUUGAAACAGCACAUGGCGUCUCAUUCCGACGCAAAGCUUUACAAGUGUCACAUUUGUUCUUCGUCCUACAAAGCAAAAUCUAAUCUCACUGUUCACAUGAAGAAGAAACAUCAAGAGGAUAAUUUGAAAUAA